AUGUCUGUCCAGGUCGCUAUGGCACUUGAUGCUCUUUCCGCUGCUGGCGCUUUGAAGAAAGAAACUUCAGCUGAGGAGCUUAUCGCCAACAACGUCAACGGUGCUGAUAGCGCCGAUCGUGAGCAGGCUGUGAAUCAAACGCGGCAGGGGCUUGAGAAUUGGGUUGAUGUGCGAGACGAAUUCCUAGGCAAACCACAUCGUCGGCUGAGAGUCGUCACAAUCGGCGCUGGCUUUAGUGGCCUGACUAUGGCAAAUAAGAUCCAGCGGACACAUCAACUAGACGACAUCAUUGAGCACGUGAUAUAUGAAAAGAAUCCUGAUAUUGGCGGAACUUGGUACGAGAAUAAAUAUCCUGGGGUGAUGUGCGAUGUUCCAGCUCAUAUUUAUACUUUCAUUGACAUUCCAAAUCCCGAAUGGAGUCACUACUAUGCAACUGGACCAGAGAUCCAUCAAUACCUCAAGAGAGUUACCAAGGACCACAAACUUGAUCGGGAUGUCCAACUCAAUUCUGAGGUCAAGUCGGCCGUAUGGGACGAAGAUUCCGGAACAUGGAAGCUGCAAGUUUUGAAAGGGGCAGAGUUGAUCGACGACUGGUGUGAUGUGCUACUCAAUGGCUCGGGAGUUCUCAAUCACUGGUCGUGGCCCCAGAUCACAGGGCUUCACGAUUUCAAGGGGCAUCUGUGUCAUUCUGCGAACUGGCGUGAUGAUUUCGACUUUUCGAAUAAACGAGUCGCGGUGGUGGGCAACGGGUCCUCUGGAAUUCAGAUCGUCCCAGAGAUGCAGAAGGUUGCGAAACAAAUGGUUAAUUUCAUUCGAUCAAGAGCUUGGAUUUCUGCCCCCUUUGCAGAAGAUUUUUCGAAAGCUCCAGGCGGAAAUCCUGCAUACACUCCCCAGGAGCAGGCAAGAUUUCGAUCGCAUCCAGAAGAGUUGGCAAAUCUGCGGCACAAGCUUAUCCACGUACAGAACACUUUCUACUCCGCGCUCAUUGAAGGAGCUCCGACAAACAUUGAAGCAAUGAAAGGUGUGAAGAGUCUAAUGCACGAACGACUGGGAGGCAAUCAAGGAUUGAUUGAAAAGCUCGUUCCAGAUUGGUCGCUUGGAUGUCGUCGGCUAACUCCUGGCACUGGCUAUCUUGAGUCUCUGAAAGAAGACAACGCCGAACUGGUUGACGAAGAAAUCUCUGAGAUAACUGAGACAGGUAUUCGAACCAAAGACGGCAAGCACCGCGAGUUUGACGCCAUUGUGAUGGCGACGGGGUUCGAUGUCUCAUUCAAGCCCAGGUGGCGACAAAUGGGUCGUAAAGGUCGUUCUCUCGCAGAUGAGUGGAAGGAUGAGCCUGCAAGCUAUUUUUCACUCGCCGCCAACGGUCAACCCAACUACUUCAUCUUCAUGGGCCCAGCAGGGCCAGUUGGACAUGGAAGCUUGACCUCAGCUAUUGACUGGACGGCAGAUUAUGUGCUGAAGUGGCUGGUGAAGAUGGUACGAGAAGACAUAAAAUCGUUCGAGGUGAAGGCUCAAGUUCAAGAUGAUUGGAAUGUGUGGGGUGAGGAGCUGAUGAAGCGAACUGUCUGGACCAGUGGAUGCAGGAGCUGGUACAAAAACGGCAAAGUUAAUGGAAAAGUUACAGCGUUGUAUCCUGGAAGUAUUCUACAUUAUAAAGAUAUGGUGGAGAACAUUCGGGGAGAAGAUUUCAAUAUCGACUAUCGGAGCAAGAAUCGCUGGAGAUUCUUAGGCAACGGAUUCACUCAGCUGGAGGUCGAGAAUGGAGAUCUAGGAUACUAUGUCCGCUAUUAG